AAUAUGACCAUGAGGUCCAUGACAACUAACUAGAUGACCCCCUCGUUGGAUUCUUUUUUUUUUUUCUCUCUUUUGCAUUGUUCAACCUGUCCAAGUCCCUUGUUUCAAUCAUAGCUCACUGAUUUGUUAUUUUUCAGACCAAGAAAUUAGAAGUGGUUUGCAAACUAGGAAAUUAAAGUAAGUUUGUUGCGCUCUUUUGACCUGUCAAAAGAAAAGGUUUUUAAUCUGCUAAAAUUCCAUUUCCUCCAGAAAUCUUCCAUUGCAGUUUGCUUUGCUAUUAGUUGGCACUUGCAAGAGAGCAAUUAGGCAAAGUCAUUAGAAUCUCUCCCUCUCUCUACCUCAUCCAUGGCGGCCAAGCUAACCCAAGAACAGGUCGACGAGUGCAGAGAAAUCUUCGACCUGUUCGACGGCGACGAGGACGGUCGCAUCGCCACCGGCGAGCUCGUGACGGUGCUCCGCUCGCUGGGCCAGAACGUCGACGAGGCCGAGGCGCGGCGGUUCCUGGCCGACGCGGGCGUCGCCGACGCCGAGGACGGCGCGGGGGGAGUCGACUUCGCGGCGUUCCUGGCCGUCGCGGCGCGCAAGAUGGUGGGGGGCGGCGUGUCGGAGGAGGAGCUCGCGGCGUGCCUCGACGUGUUCGACGACGCGCGGAGCGGGGUGAUCCCGGGGGAGCAGCUCCGGCAGGCGAUGGUGUCCCACGGCGACAGGCUGACGGAGGAGGAGGCCCACGAGAUGAUGCGCAAGGCCGACCCCCGCGGCGAGGGCCGUGUCGACUGCAAGGAGUUCGUCAAGGUUUUGAUGAACAAGAAGUCCUGACAGUCGCAGGAUGGGCUUUCAUAUCUCCCCCUAGGGGCGUCUAUCUUCAAGACUGGUGACCUUCAUCGAGAGCUCUCCUUCCGAAGCAUCUGAAGGCCAGCUUUGACUCCCUUAUCCUCCUCAUCUCUUGGCAGCUCUGGUUGAAACGCAAUCGUCGGGUUUUUGAUCAUGAGCUUUCUUCCCUCCAGGAUGUGCUCAAAGCCAUCCGUUCAGAGGGCCUGAUGUGGUCCUCCGCUGGGGUAUCACCCCUUGGCGCCAUGUUAGGAGAUUAGCGUAGCGUGCUAGCGUGUGUGUUUUUCCUCUCUUUUUUUGGUUUUUCUGUUGGAAGAUUAGCUCUUAGCGCCUGGACUCUCUCCCUUGGGUUGUUUCUCUUGGGGUCUCUGCUGGAGGCCGGUCUGACCGUAUAUGUUGUGUGUCAACUCUUCUUUUCUUCUAAUAUAUUGACGUGCAAUUCUUUUGCGCGUUCGAGAAAAAAAGUCUAGCAAGAUGACAUGUUUUAUAAACUUUUGUGAAA